AUGAACUUGUUCAGGAGGAAAGAAAAAGAUUCCACGACAUCGUCGGUAACCUCUUUAGUGGAUUCUGAGUCUGUUUCUUCUAAAGGCACUUCUACAAGUGCGAGCAGUUCAGGAACGAAAAGAGGCUUAAUUAAGCGUCACAUUCCUUUCGACCUACCAGUUAAUCCCAUCACUGCUCCUCUGUUUGAUUUGGAUGAAGAACAGCAAGAGAAGUAUGAUACAAUAUUAAGCUAUUUUCAGAACUACAUUAAAAAGGAAUUACCAAUUAAUGACCUGCCAGAUGCUCCCCUUCAUAGUUUAAUUGAUGAUGAGCUUGCAUGGCUAACUAAAGAAUGCUUUUUGCGAUAUUUAAGAGCUACCAAGUGGAAGGUCGACUCAGCUAUAAAACGUAUUGAAGAUACAAUCCUCUGGAGAAGAACAUUUGGUGUUGUCGUGAUACCUGGACAUACAGACCCUAGCAAGAUUAUAACACCCGAUUUGGUAUCCAAGGAGAAUGAGACUGGGAAACAGCUAAUAAUGGGAUUUGACCAUGAUAAUAGGCCAUGUUUGUACUUGAGGAAUGGAUAUCAGAAUACACCUCCUUCGAUUAAGCAAGUACAACAUUUGGUUUUUAUGCUAGAGAGAGUCAUUCAAUUCAUGCCUCCUGGACAAGAUACCUUGGCACUAUUGAUUGAUUUCAAAGCGGCCCCGGAAGACAUGAAACUUUCCGCAAAAUUUCCGUCCUUAUCAAUUUCGAAGCAAGUUUUGCAUAUUCUUCAAAACCACUAUCCUGAAAGAUUAGGCAGGGGCCUAUUUACUAACAUUCCAUGGAUCGGUUAUACCUUUUUCAAACUCGUCGGUCCAUUCAUUGAUCCAUAUACCAGGCUGAAAACAAUAUAUGAUCAACCCUUUGGAAACUACGUUCCGAAGCAGCAAUUAGAUAAGGAGUUCAAUGGCAUUAUAGAUUUUGAGUAUAUUCAUGAUGUGUAUUGGCCAGAAAUGAAUAAGAUGGGUGAAGAAAAGUAUGAAAUUUAUUUGCAAAAUUUUCACAAGCUAGGAAGUAAAAUUGGUUUAAGUGAGUUUGAUUUGAGACGAACUGCUUAA